UUCACUGAGAGACCAAAAACAACCGGCGAAAACCCCCUCAAAAAACACCAUGUUCUCUGCCGCCAACACUACCGCUACCAGAGCCUUUAUUUUCAAAUUCUCUCCUCCGUCUUUGACAUUUUCCACCAAAACCCUCAUGGAGUCUCCACCGAGACGCCUGCAAGAUACCCUUUUGAAAUCUACUGCUCGUUCUCCUCCAAGAGAAGUUGAUGCAGAAGUAAGUUUACAAGAAUGGCAAGGAUGGGGCACUAUAUCGCCUGUACCGGCAAAAGUUUUGGAAAUUGUUGAGGAUUUGAAGCAUUUGGAGAGUAAAACUGAUGCCCAGAUGGUUUUUGGUGGUAGUGGUGGCAAACUUAAGGGGGAAUUUAAACUUCAGGAAGACAAGAAACACAGAGCAACUUAUGAGGCUUUAGGUGAUUCUGAACAAAAGCUCCAAUUCUUUGCAGCUAGACAAAUAGCAUGUCGUUUGCUUGGAAGUAGAGAUUACCUUUGCCAGAAGUGCUGGCUUCCUUCGGAAGAAGAUUGCAUGUGCUCAAAAGUCGAGCACUCCUCUCUGUGGCCUGGUAUAAGGUUCUGGUUAUAUAUGCAUCCAAAGGAUUUUCUACGACAAAACAACACUGGAAAAUUGUUAUGGCAAGUAUUUGGAGUUCAGUCUGCUACUUUAUGCCUCUUUGGUAUUCCUGAACACGAGGAGAUCAUGUGGAAUGCAUUCAAGCUUGCAGGAAAAGACAAGGUUUGGUGCCUUUAUCCCAACAAGAACGAAGUUACAAAAUCAGUUCAUGAUGCUUUUGGCCAAGAAUUUUCAGCUGAUUUAGAGUGUGCUUCCCGUGGGACAAAUGAAGACAAAACUCUGAAUUUUAUAUUGAUUGAUGGUACAUGGAGUAACUCUGCUGCAAUGUUCAGGCGUUUAAAGGAGCAAACAAAGUCGGUAUGGGGAGAGGAGGAUCUCCAUUGCAUUUCCCUGGCCAAUGGUGCAUCUACAAUGCACAAGCUUCGGCCUCAGCCAUCAUGGGAUCGAACUUGUACAGCGGCAGCAGCUACUAGCCUCCUCUCUGAGCUCCAGUAUCUUCCAAAGUUUAACUCCUAUGACCUGGAUAAACAAGCCGAAGCAUUAGAGGAUGCCCUAGUUAUUCUAUUAGAAGCACUGACAACUAGACGUCUUAGGAUGGGUAGGUCAAUAACCCGGAAAGUGAGAAGCACCAACAAUAUCCGUUAAGGGCCAUCAGAGUAUCAUAUUCUUUAGCAGUGAGCCGAAUGUCCGAAUUACAUAGGUAUCAUAUUUUGCAUCGUUCGUGAUGCUAAUUAUAACCGCAAUUACAGUCAGCGAUCAAGUGACAAUGCAGCUGCGUCGGUGUGAUAUCUAUUGCUAAAGCAGGAUCAUGUCACAAUUCUUGUUGAUGUCUUGGAUGUAUUUUCUUUUAGAUUCAUUUUGAGAAAACUCUCACAUAAAGCUUAUCUUUUUGAGAAAAGGAAAAAAAAGCUGUUGUCUGGUUUUUAACUGCUGAUAGUAUAUGUCUUGGAUGUAUUUUCUUUUUAA